CUGACUUCUGCCUGAUGUCACGAUACAGUAUUCCUUGGCACUACUUGAAUACAAAGGCGAUGUUGCUCUCUAAUGAAACACUGCGCGUCCGUUCAAGGCCAAGCUGAAAAUCUCCAGUGUCCUGUUCCAUCGGCAUUGUACUUCAUCUUCCACCAUCUGAAAUAACAAUGAUAGCCACGCUAGAGGAUCUACCGGGGGAGCUCAUUGAGAUGAUAGUAUGUUGCCUAGGAGAUCGAGCUUCUGUUUGUGCUCUACGGGCUACAAGUCGCGCUCUCUCAUCCAAGUCGUCUGGCGGCAGAUUUGUUACAUUCUUCCGCAAAAGGCAUCUGGUGUUGGAUGAAGAUGCUCUGCGAAGUGUUCUGCGAGUCCUGCUGAGCUACGGUCGUCGAGUUGAAGAGUUGACAAUUGCGUGUCCCGAAGCAUAUGCAGCCGAUGAUGUUGGGACCCAUCUUAUCGAGAAGCGCCAGAAAAUCACCGACCUACUCACACAGUGCUUCAAAGCUCUGGGUCACGCUUCGGGCGGUCAACGCUUGAAGGUCUUGAUUGUCGAUAUUGUACGGCCUCGCGCUAGCACUCGCCAAGUCUCAAAAAAUAGUCCCAAAUCCUAUGAGGUUGGUCAUUUGUAUUGGAUCAGAGCAGUCCUAGAAGCCAUCCAAUCAAGUCAGCUUUCUGCUCGUGCUUUCAGGUUCAUGGGAUGCAGCAUUCCGAUAAAUGUCUUCCAGCACGAAUUUAGACUUUGCGAUGAAGAUGCUAUUAUGCAAACUGUGCAAGAUCUGAAAUUAACGGUUUCGCACAGCCAUUAUAUGGAGCAAGAAGAUGCAGAGAUCAAUGCCUCCUUGAACAAGGCAUGCGUGGCAAGAAUCUCUAAAUUCUUGAAAGGAGCACCCAAUUUGGAAAGCAUUGAUCUGCAUUGGUACAACAAUCACGACCGUCACUUGAGGCAAAUAUGGCCGGAAUAUCACGAAUCGGAGCGACUCGAGUUCGGAGACUGCCUCAACUCCUUUGCUCCGCCAUUACUCCGGAAAUGCAGCCUUCGUGGACUACACAUUUCCGCAACCAGGCUUUGCACGUUUCUUAGCUCAACAUCAGCUCGAGAAAUAACACUCCAGAAGGUGUUUAUCCACGAAAGAUCAUGGGAAGAAGUUUUCAACAUCUUAACCCGCUCUGAAGAUCCCUUCCAGGAACUUGUUCUUAUUGACCUCUUCGAUGCCAGAACCCCAAGCUUCGGAAUGAUACUUUUCCGUGUCCCUGGGAAACCCAAGUUCCGGAUGCUGUAUCCACCUGCAGGUCCCAGUGAGCUACAUCGACGCGGUGACGAGGUUCCCCAGCCAUUGGGGUGGACACACGGCAGUCGUCCAGUGAGCUGUGCUGGACCCGAGCGCUUCCUCAUCGAAGGCUGGCGUGCGCUCCAAAUGGCACAAUUCGGACCGACCAGGCGGUGAAAAGGAAAGUCCUGUCUCAAUCGUGAUGAAUCUUCCCCAAACUCUGCCGGCCAAUCCCUGAAUGUGCAAACCACA